GUUUGUUGACUAAGUAUGAACAGAAGUGUCUGUAACACCUCAGGCCCGUUGGUCUCCAGAAAGCAACGUCCACGUCACAGUUUAUAGUAAAAGCUCUUUAUUCAUCUUAAUUAAAUCAGAAAAAAAAGAAAACACACACAGUUGAUAAAAAAAGGAUCAAAUACACAGUACAGGAUUCAUUUUGGAAAUAAACGCCAUCAGCAACAAGUGAACUUGUAAAACCAGCAUCUGUUUUUGAAAUGAAGUACGCCUGCCCCUGUCCUUCUUCUUAUCACAGUGGCUGCAUAGCCUGAGGAUGUUCAAAACAACUGCUACCAGAAAAAAAACUAAAGGUGUGACUGCCUCAAUAAAAGGACAUUGCUUUGAAACACAGCCGAGCACUCCGUCAAAUCCAAGCCAUCAGAAUAAAAAAAAUGUCUUUAUGUUACAAAGAAACAACACAUUUUAAUAUUUUGAUAUCAAAUUCCAGCUUAGUAGUGAAAUUUACCAUUGGAUAAUGAAUGAACAAGUGGAUGAUGAAUCUUUCCCAAAUCUUUUUUUUUUUUUUUUUCUGGAAAAAAAAAGAAAUCUAAAUGUUUUCUUUUUCUAAUAUUGCACAGCACAAAGAGAAAGACUUGAGCAGUGACCUCAUGCUGUCACAGACACAAAGUGUGCUUAGGACACCAUAGGAAGUUGAUAACCUGUUUCUGCAGUGCAAACACAAGCAGCAGGGUGAUCAAACAACACAGAACGACAGAAAAUAAACAGUGCUGGGAGAAAAUAAUAUAGGCUAUUGUACAAUACAUAAGGUACUUUUAGUAAGUAGCACAAUCAUGCGCAAUUAUAUGAAUUAACGCCAUACCUAUUCUUUUGACAGCGAGUUUAUCUGUACACCGUCAUUUCCUUUGUAACCUCAGCCCCGGUGUGUUUGCAGGAUGCGACAGAUGUGUGCAGCCUGUGAGGUGGGUUUGAGUUUAAACUGAUGCGUCUGCGUCUCUUCGCUCUCACUGAAACUUGGCACCAGCUGAGCGCACACGGAGCAAAGUGGCUCAGAUCGCUGCCUCUGCAGGAGGAUCGAGGAGAGCGGUCUCGGGACUUUUAGUAGCAUUAAUACUGCGGGGCUGACGAGGCGUCACUUUGUUUUAUUGACUACCAAAGAAGCCGGAGAGUGAGGGGGCUGCUGACUUAUGGCGAGUUGUGCGAGAGAAGACCGAAACUGAGAUUUAAUUUCCACCAUGUCAACCAAUGAGAGCUCAGUGUCAGGCUGCAGGUCAGAAGUCAGACCCAUCAACAGCACCUGCAGCCAGAGGGAACUGUCCAUCACGGCCUCCGCCAUCUCCAUGACCGUGGGCAUCUUCUCCAACAGCCUCGCCCUCUUUAUCCUGGUCAAAUCCUACAACCGCAUCCGGAUCAAGUCCAGGGCGUCCUUCGUGCUGUAUGCCAGCAGCCUGGUGGUCACAGACCUGCUGGGUCACCUCAUCAUCGGCUCCCUGGUGAUCUUUGUUUACAGCUCUCACAAGAACUGGGAGACGUUUGACCCUCACCGCAUCAUAUGCAGCUUCUUUGGGGCGUGCAUGGUUUUCUUUGGCCUGAGCCCCUUAUUCUUGGGAUGUGCCAUGGCAGUGGAGCGGUACAUUGGGAUCACCAGGCCCAUCUUCCACUCCACUGUGUUAGCACCCCGCCACAUGAAAAGGCUGCUGGGUCUCCUCUGGCUGCUCGCUGCCCUGGUGGCUGUGCUGCCUGUGCUGCUGUUGAGGUCUUACAAGGUUCAGAGCUCCAGGAGCUUUUGCUUCUUCUACAUGGAAGAACCCAAAGACUGGCUGGAUGUAUUCCUGCCUCUGCUGUUCUCUAUGCUGGGGCUACUGGCCCUGCUGCUCUCCAUUGUAUGCAACACUCUGACAAGCUGUGCUCUGCUGCAGGCCAAACUGUGCCGCAAGAAUCACUGCAGAAGCACGUCUUACCACAUAGAGAUGAUCUGCCAGCUCCUGGCCAUCAUGUUGGUGUCCUGCGUUUGCUGGGGCCCAUUGCUGAUUCAUGUCAUCAUUCUUAGCACCAGCGCCAAAGAUGAGCCUGCAGUUGUCACUCUGCUGAUGGUGGUACGUAUGGCCACCUGGAACCAGAUCCUGGACCCCUGGGUCUACAUCCUGCUGCGGAGGGCUGUCCUGAGGAAACUCUUUAUGCUGUUCCAGUGCUGCUGGCUCUCCAAGUCUCAUAAACUAAACAACUGGCAGUGCAGCACGCUCCGCAGCUCUGUGGAGACCAGCAACUCUGGUGGCGGUCCGCCUGACUGCCGUUGCCCAGAUGCCGCCAUCAAAUCGAUCACCUGAACCCUGGGUCGAAUGGUUCUGAAUCCGAGAGCCGAGAACAGGAAAAAAAAAACAGGAGGAUGCUGUGAAGCUGUGGAGAACCCUGUUGAAAUAAGUUCAUUUGGAAUAUUGUACACACGACAUAAUGACGAGUCUGUUUUCAUGUUGCCUUUGCAAAUUGAUCACCGUGUUGUAUUGUGGUGUAUUGUGUAACCUGGGAUUAACUUUUCUCCAGCUGUUUUUAUGCAUCAGCAGCUCUGAACAAUAUCUGUCUAAAGUGUUCACAGUGUUCAUAAAAUAUGAACGACAGACUUAAGCUGGUUAAAUAAUUCAUUUACUGUCCAUUUGGUACAGUAAAAAGUUACUGCCUUUGUUAUUAAUCCUGCUGAAAUGUCCAUAGAGCUGCUGCAGCCGUCAUCGAAGGAUUCUUACUGAAGGUGUGUGAUUCUCUUUGUCUUAUUACAUCACGACUGUUACUGGCAGUAGCUCUGGUCAUAAACACAGUAUCGAUCCGUGUUUUUGCUCCCCCGUGUGAAUCGUAAGAUGAUAUGGAUUUAUCAGUUGUAUACAGGCUACAUGUGAGGUCUGCAUUAUGAUGUGCACACUUAGCAGGUUAAUGCAGUUGAGGUAGGUUUAGCAGAACAAAGCUGUCUGCAGCAGAAUGUGCAGAAUACAACACCACUGUAAUAUGCAUCAUCAGCUUUGAUCAAGUAUUUACUCAUAUUUAUUCAAGUGUUGAUUAUUGUAACAUACAUAUAUCAAAUGAUCACAGUUUAGUCAUCUUUUAUUGAGCAUAAUAGUUAUACAUUUAUCACUGUAAACUGCUGAUCUAUCUAUCUAUCUAUCUACAUUACAGUAUAAUGCGAUGAAGUAUAAAGUAAAGUAUGUCAUCUUCCUCUUGUGGAAUCUUCAAUUUUCAAUCUCUAGGUUAAACUGUGUAAUAAAGGUGAAAUGGCAAAAAAAAGUAAA